UAAACUGUCAAAUUUGUAUGUUAUUGAAAGAGACCAAGCUUUAUGUGAAAUAACUGAAUUGAAUAUUGUAAAAUUAAAUCGAAUAAUGGAUGUUUCCACCGAAAAAUGUCUUAUUUGUGCGGAGCAAACUGGAGAUGAUUGUCGCAGCGUCAUGCAGUUGGUUACUAAAUAUUCAGGAACUUUAGUGUUUAAAGUACUCGAACGUUUUUUGGACAGUGAUUUAUCGGAGAAUGUUCCCACACUGAUUGCUGCCGUUGUCUGUCCGGAAUGUGUUGUAAAAUUGAACGAUUAUGAUGCUGCCUAUACAAAAGCGCUGAUUAUUCAAAAAGAAUUCACGGAUCUGCUGAAGAAAAAUUUAGUUUUACCUGAAAGAAAAAAAGAUGUUGAAGAUGAGAUGUAUUUUAAGGAAGAACCUGAUACAGCAAGUUCAGAUUAUUUGGUAGAAUGCGAUCGAACCUCAGAUGAAAUUUUAGAAGAAAAACUUCCGAAGCCGGCUUCUACUAGUGUAGAGGAAAAGGUGUCAAUGAAAUGUAAUCUUUGUAAACAAAGCUUCAAAUCAAUGCAUGAAAUGCAAGCCCACACGCAUGGCCCAAGGCAGCAAGAGGAAGUAGAAUUCCAUGUGGAAUUCGUUGAUGAAACCGAUAGCUUCAGCCUGGGGGAGGAGUACAUCGAAGAGGAGCGCCUGAGUGAAAACAGGUAUGAAGAAACGCCAUUAGAAAACACUGAAGAAGAGGUUCAGAACGAGGACAUUUGGACACCAGUUCAAGAGAUGUUACCUCAAGAUAAGAGGAAACAUGUUAAGACUGCAUCAAAUAAGUGCAGCAUAUGCAACAUAGAUUUUGGAUCCAAAAAAAAAUUGAAGACGCACAUUAAAGAAGAACACCCGGAGAUUGAAAAUUCUGGCGAUAGUCAUGAAUGCGAUAUAUGUGGUUUAAAAGUAAAGACUAAAUCCAAUCUUUUAUCCCAUAUAACCAAACAUGAAAAAGAUAAAAGAUUUGCCUGUUCUUACUGUGGGAGAUAUUUCCAAAGUAAAGGAACGCUUACGAGGCAUCUUCCCAUGCAUACAGGCGAAAAGCCGUACCAGUGCGAUAAAUGUGGUAAACAAUUUUGUCACCAGUCAUCCUUCACCAUGCACAAAUUAAUGCAUGACGAUAUUCGGGAGAAAAAAUGUGAAAUUUGUGGAUUUGCGUUGCGUAAUAGUUCGCACUUGAAGCGGCAUAUGAGGAUUCAUUCAGGAGAGAGACCUUUUGAGUGCCCAGCUUGUGGUCAAAAGUUUGCUCAGCGGUACAAUAUGACAGCUCAUUUGAGAGCUCAUCAGGGAAUUUACCGUGAGCAAUCUAGAAUCUACAAAUGCCCCUUUUGUGACCAAAUGUUUCAAAGAAAGCUUAAGCUGCAAGAGCAUUUGACGAGACAACACAACACAGUAGUCGAUUCUGCUCUGCUUAAACCGUCGGAACGCAAUCAGUUGAAAACAGAAGUAUCUGAAGGCGAUAAAAGUACUGACAUUAAAUAAGUAGGUAUUUAGCCUGCGUUGAGUAUGAUCAGUAUUUACCCUGUUUUAUUUGGUGGGGUUCUUUGAAACAUCUUUACAAAUUUAUGGUGUCGUUCUGUUCCGCAUGUGACUGACGAUGAUCUGGCAUUUGUCUUCGGUUUCCUUCAAGCUCAGCACGUUAAAAAUCAAGUUCACCAAGUAAAUUAAAACCACCAUAAAUAGCGAUGUGUUGUAUAAACAGUUGAAACAUCCAUCUGAGAGCGGUUUGCUACAGCGCAGUCGUCCAAAAAGCCCCAUAAAACCGUGGAUGGACUGUUAGAAUAGACCAAAAUUAAAUAAAUCACGCAAGAACAAAAAUGGGUUGUACGCACCAACAGAGUGAGAGAAACACCUAACAAUAUCAACAUUAUGUAAUAGAGAAUGCCCAGCAUUGGGCCAACCUUUAGGAUGUAACAUAUUUGACAAAUGUUAAUGGUGAUGAGAGUUAAAUCAAAGAUACUUUGCGUGAACAUGUUGUUGGGGUGCUGUUUGUUUCUGGUGGGAUAUUUAUUGGAUUCUGUUGCCUGCUAAAAUCGGAUAGUUAUCAUCUGCUUUGAAGGCUCAAUGGUCACCAUUUUACUUACUUGUGCAGGGUCGUUUACCUCCAUUUGGGGAAGAGCCCUGUAAGUCUCAUUGGUUGUCCAAUCUGGUUCCAUUUAGGCCAAUUAAAGAAAUCUAAGCACGCGCGUUAUUCAGAGUAUGGUUGCUCCGUCAGCCGGUAGUUAAAAAACAAAACGUUAACGUGCAAUGUACAGCGACAACUUCUUAUCUAGGCGGUGGUAUCUCUAUACAAAAGUAAGUGGAUUGAGAAAGAAUUGAAAAGACGAGAAGUGCAAUUCUGGCAUAGAUAAAGGAAUGAGCUUUUUUGCUUAACGUUUUCUGACGUCAUUAAUAUUUAAAAAGUGUAAAG